CAGACAGUGCUGGUUGGAUCCUUGUUCCUCAUGGGGAAAGAUAUAAAGUGCUUGGCUGCUAAAAGAUUUGUUUGACUGUUAAAAUGUAGUCACCAACUGAAUGCAGGGGGACAAUACAAAGUAUUUGCCUAAAAAAACAAUGUGAGGAAAGGGCUUUUGUGUUCUAUUCUUGGAUUACAAAGUAAUGUGUAAACUGUUGCAUAUUCUGAAAGACUAUUGCUGGCACUUGCAAUAUUUCCAGCAGGGAGUAAAACUAUAAGCGCAACUCUUCUCUGCCCUCCGCCGUGUCCACAUGCUGCUUAUUUUUAUUGUCUCGCCUCGCACUGAUUUCAGGUGAAAGUUACAUCACUGCCAUCUGGAAAACAUUUUCACAAAGAAAGAAGAGAUGUUCAGUCAGAAAACAAGUUUGAUCAUGUGGCAGCUCUGCUUGGCAGCCAUCCAGAUUUGAUUCCCUGGCUGGUUUCUUAACUUCAUGCAAAAAAAGAGUGCUUUAAAAGGUUCAGAGAGAGAAACAGAGAGAGGGAGAAAGUGAUUUAGGGAGUCGGGGAAGGCAAGCAUUUUCCGACAUCACAUCAUGAAGGCGGCGUUGUCCUACUCUUCCUGUUUUCCCUUGUGUCUCAGACACAGUCCAGGUGACAUGAACAGUGAACGCAGUGGAUCUCCUCUGUCGUUGCAGACAGAGGGACAUCACUCCUCUUCGUCAAAGCCUCAAACUCUCUGUGGGAUGUCUGAGGGAGACAUCACAGUGCUGCCAAUCGGACCUGCGUCUCUGGACCUGUCCAGGCAGGAGAACCGGACACUGACCAGAUUAUACAGCCAGAACGGAGCAUAUCACCUGAGGAUUUUACCAGAUGGAACAGUGAGUGGUGGCAGGCAGGAAAAUGACCCCUACGACAUACUGAGGCUGAAGGCUGUGAGCGUAGGAGUAGUGGUCAUCAAGGGCGAGAUGACAGGAAGGUACCUGGCCAUGAACAAAAAGGGACGCCUCUACGGAUCACAAGCACUCAAUGAUGAGUGUUACUUUCUGGAGAAGUAUGAAGAAAACCACUAUAACACAUACUGCUCUCAGAAGUACAACUGGUAUGUGGGGCUUAAGAAGAACGGCCAACCCAAAGCAGGACCAGACACCCACCAGGGUCAGAAGGCCAUCUUUUUCCUACCAAGGCCUGCGGGCAACAUGUAAACCAAGACGGCCCCAGGAACCGUGGACACGCUCACUGAAGUCUUUAAAUGCACAUUAAUGGUGCAAUUUUUACUCCGGUCAAAGUAUCACAUUUAAAGAUCGCUUAGAAUCACUACAAUAUAGCCGAUAUAGCCUGCGGCAAACACAUAACGCUGUUU